AGGCGCGUUACUACGCGCUUUAUGUGUGGUGCCUUGGUGGCUUUUAUGCACAGCAAAUCCACAUAUGACCGAAAUGGAGAGCAUACCCAACUCUCGCGCAACCAGCGCCCAUGUAGCGCGAUUGGAUAGGACCCUGAAGGAUCUCCAGAAGAAGGUGAAAGAACAAGAAGAAGCACUGAAAAAGCUUCGUGCCGCUGGGAAACCAAUCCAAGAACAACCCGACAGCAACAAGGACAUUCAGUUGCUUCAGAUCAGCAAGAUAAAAUCUACAUUUGACGCCCUUACUCCUGUAGAACCAUAUGCCCCACUUCCUGAUUCACCACUACCAUCACUCCUUGCGCUCCGGACAACACACAGCACAACCAACGAGGCAAAAUCAGCCCUUGUCAUCACCAAAAAUGACCUCUCUCACGUGGAGGAUUUGCUGCGAAAGGAGACGGCCGAUUUGGAGGACGGAAGGCUUGUCGAGAAUGCCCUUCAAACCCGUAUAUCUGCCCUCGAGACUGCAAUAGAGAAACAUGUGCAGAAACCGAAGGCUCAGGUAGCAAAGGACAUGAUGCGAGGCCUAAAAAACAAGAAGGCACGCUACGACAUGGGCACGGUUAUGCUCGUUAAGUCAUUCAACGAAUUCAUUGACGAUCACUUAGCCGUAAUGCUUGCGGCCGAGGAGCUAGGUGGUCCUGUUGUUGGCGAGCUGCUCGACAUUGACGAAGCAAACCUGGAGGCUGGCUUCAAUGCGCAGGGAAAGGCCAGAAAGCCAAAGGACCCGUUGAGUGAAGUUGGACGCCAGAAGCGAAUUGACGAGAUCUGGAAGCCGCAGCCGGAACGAGAACGACGAGCCCAGGAGCCAUGGAAUGAAACGACGGCGGCAGCGGCGGAGAUGCGAGAGGUUACAGAGCAGCUGUUAAAUAAUUUGGUGGAGGCAGAUGGUGGGAUGAAUGGCGGGUACGUGGAACUGGACAGAGAAAGUGCGGCAGCAAGAUUUUUGGUCAGGUCUAGGGUGGCACAGUUUCAUCCAAAGGAUGCGAGACGUUUGCGAUUGAUUGAUUUUGGCAAAGAUUUGGUCAGCUGAAUGCUUCAAAGUUGGCCAUGCAUAAAAAUCCAAUUUAGAGCUAUGCAUGCCCCCAGGCGAUAGUUUGUUGCCAUAUUCUCUAUCGCUACCACGUUGGAGAAUGAAGAUUUGUACAAACAAUCGAUCGCCUGAGAUAUUGUCCUCCUAUAGCAUCAACAGUGAUGUCUCUAAUCUAUAUUACCGCCUCUCAGAGCCUCUAAUCUAUGUGGUCGUUUCUCAGUGCAAACAAAGCCUUCACCACCUCCUCGGUUUUGCUUCUUAUAGCAUCGUGGUACACGGCGUUUGUGAUAAACUGUUUGCAGUUCUUGAUCUUCGCCACUGUUUCUUGAACAAGCCCGAAAUCGACAUACAUGUCGUCGACGAACGUCGCCGCAUAAACCGGCACCUCAUUCCGAGCCAACUGCCAUUCAUCGUAUAAAACUGGCCACCCAUCAUAGUCGGCGAUGAGCUGCGCAACAUCCUUCAGCUUUGCAAGCUCUGGGUACGUCUCAAAUGUGAAGGGAUAGAUCAUCUCGCCCGAGAAAUGGAGUGGAUUUUGGCGCACUGUUGCGGGGCUUGACGGUGUGGAGAACAUCCAGUGGUACUCAGCGAGGGACUGUCCCACGCGGUAAGCGGCCCAGUCCGAAGCCCGACCUUCGCAAUAGAUCGAUUCGUGAAGGAUAGCAUAGAUAAUGUUGUCAUCGAAUCCAACGAGGCUUUCAACGAUUGAUAGAGUUGGGCGAGUGAAGAAGGUGAAUUGUGAAAGAUCCGAUCGCAUGCGCAUAAUGAUGCCAUGGAGGGUGUCCACGCCACCAUGGCCACCGAGGAGUAGUCCAAGCAUUAAGAAUCUCCGAACAGUUAAGGUGCCC